AUAUCCGCGACAGAAGAUCUGGAAUGAGUCGAUCGAGCUCCUUAGUAUGGUUAGUACUUCUACCGAUCGUUGUCCACGUGUUGGGCAAUCAGGCAAAUUCCUCGCGCGAAGACGAGUAUGAUAACUUCACUACAAGGGUGAACGAAGAUUUCACAACGAGGUACGAUAAGGAUUCUGCGCAACACGAUUACUACAAUAACUACACGAAGAAUCUCUACGAAGAAGACAGGAAGCAGAAUAUGUCGGCCGAGCUCCGAGAUAAUCACAGGAAGACCGACUACAAAGGCAACCUUACCAUCUCGUACAAGUUUCGUCCAAAGAACGACUCCAACAAAGACAAUUUGAAUAAGAUGUGCAACAACACAAUUUGUAUUCCGAUUUGUUAUAAGCACAAUUAUCGCUUAUUCAGGGGUAUAUGUAUACUUGAUGCGGUUGAUCACUCUUUCCCAGAAAUCUACAAUGUUAAUAAGAAGGUAAAUGAUAUUUUUCAGUCAAACAUGUCGUGCGAGAUAACUGGAGAUUUACCACUCUUUUUUAAAGUUUAUCGUGAUGACGAAUAUAUGAUACUAAUCAAUGGCUCAGUGUACCAUCGAGAUCAGAACAUUAUCCUUGAUCCAACAACUUACUGCUUCGCCGUCAUAACCAACAAAUAUGAACUGAUCAAUAUAAAAAACGCAAAAUUAGACGUUGUUCCUGUUGGUCUUAUAGUGUCCUUGCCGUUUCUGCUAUUGACGUUCAUGGUGUACACGAUACUGAAGGAGCUUUGGAACUUGCACGGCUACAUACUUCGUGGAUAUAUCGCCUUUAUCACUCAAUUCUGGUUUUCGGCGAGCUUCUUCUGGUUGAAUGUGAUGUGUUUCGAUAUUUGGUGGAGAUUUGGACAAGUACGCCCUUUCCAAGGAAGCAUGACGCGAGAAGAUAGAAGAAGAUUCAUCAUAUAUUCGAUAUACGCAUGGGGUUGCGCCUCCAUCCUCAUCAUCAUUUGUGCCAUCAUGGAUUUCGUACCUAGUGUGCCGGAAAACUUCAUCAAGCCGCAACUCGGCAAAAUUGGAUGUUGGUUGACGGAAGAGUCAGAUGGAAUAUAUUUUUAUGGACCCAUAAGUGUCACCAUUGUUUGCAACAUCUGCAUGUUUAUUUCCACGACGUUAAAAUUCAAGCGGAACAACAGGAAUAUAGAAUCCAUCAUGCAAAGCACGGAAAGUAGACGUCACGACGACAACAACAAGCAAACUUUUAUCCUUUACGUGAAGCUGUUCAUCCUAAUGGGUAUAACCUGGUCCAUGGAGAUAAUAUCGUGGAUAUUUAAGAGCGCACCGGAGUACACCUGGGACUUCAGUGACUUGAUAAACAGUCUGUACGGACUCAUGAUCUUCAUAAUAUUCGUGUGUAAGGACAAUAUCAAGAAGUUACUGCUAAAGAAAUUCCGCCAGAACUGCACAUUCUCUCUAUUCUCCAGAAAUACAUCACGUAGCGGUUGUAACACGAUCUUGCCCACCUCUAAAGCGAUACCUCUUAAUAAAAUCAGCCCUUGUGUACAAAUGAAUUGCCGCGCGGAAAAUUUGUCUGACUAGAACGAUCCACCAUUAACGUAACACAAAGAGUAGAUUUCUAUCGUACAUUUAUGGUCGGCAAAAUACUGCGUGUAAAAGCGCAAAAAUUUAUACGCAGAAUGUAAUCUGACAAAUUCAUUUAUGUUAAAAAAAUUCUAUUAUAAAAUUCAACAAGUACUUGAUAAGGACAUACAGUCAUACGUAUAUCAGUAUGAUACCUCCUUCAAUGUUAAACUUACAUUUAAAAUAUUUUUCACGAGCCAUUUUGUUUUUGAGAUAUUUUUAUAUUUAUUUUCGUAUUUAGGACGCCCCAUAUAUAUGCAAACAUAUUCGAAACAACAAAUCUACUGUGAUUUUCAAGUAAUAUAUACACUUGUUCCUUUUCAUAUUUUACAAAGGCAAAUUAUUUUUUCAGGCCAAAAACGCAACAAAAAUAUUCGGGAAUUGAAAGAAAAUUACUAAGUAAAUAUAUUUGAAUUUUAUUUAUGUAAUU